ACUGCAGGUGGUGCUGAAAACGGCGGAAGCGGAAACGGUCGUCGUGUCGUGUCGUGUCGUCUCCUCCUCGAAGACUCCUGAAGAUCCUCUCAGGCUGUAGGAUCUGGUUUCUGUCAUCCUGAGACGAUCAGUGCAGUCAGGAGGAAGAGAGAGCAGCAGGAUGUUCGCUCACUGAGCCAGCACUCAAGCAACAUAGAAUACAUCUUUGACAGCAGUCACUUUACAAAAGAUUGCUGGUGGUUUGAUUCCCCACCUCCCCCUUAGACACCAUGACGUCCUCUAUGCUCCGCCGACAGCUGAAGAACCUGGUCCAGAACUACUCUGAGGCAGAGGUCAAGGUGAGAGAGGCGACGUCUAAUGACCCAUGGGGCCCGUCCAGCUCUCAGAUGGCUGACCUCUCCGAUCUCACCUACAAUGUGGUGGCCUGCAACGAGAUCAUGACGAUGCUCUGGAAGCGCCUGAAAGAUGACAAGAACUGGAGACACAUCCAUAAGUCCCUGACACUGCUGGAGUACCUGUUAAAGACCGGUGACGAUCGCGUGCUUCUGAAAAUGAAAGACAGCAUCUACAUCGUCAAAGCGCUCACAGAGUAUCGCUUUAUAGAAAAGGACGGCAAAGAUCAGGGUGGAAAUGUGAGAGAGAAGGCCAAAGUUGUCCUUGUUCUUAUGGAGGAUGAUGAUAAACUAAAGGAGGAGAGAGACUUUGCCCUCAAGACCAGAGAGAAGACAUCAAAAAGUGCUGCUGCCUCAUCCGCAGACGCCGUUAAGGAUCCCAAUUACAAGCCAUGCUACGUUGCCGGGGGCUCAGGGCUUCCAUCCUUGGACAACAUACCCUCGGUGGCCGACUUGACCGCCAGCUUCGCUGCCCGCAAAGAGGAGCGUAUCAAACAGGAAUUUGAGAAGAAAGAAACAGUUCGGAGGGGCAAGUUGAGUGAAGAUGAGUUGAAAUGGGAGGAUGCCGGCAAAGGCGGUGACGUUAAAGGAGGUGCUUGGGGAGGAAAGAAAGCAGAGAAGGAGGAGGAGGAAGUGGAGUCUGAGGAGGAGGAGGAGGAGGUGAAACCCGGCCCAUGGGGAGCCCCCAAAGAACCUAAAGAGGCCGCAGAUCCAUGGGGCACACCCGCAAAACCUGACACAACUGACAAGACAGCCAGCAGCGAUCCUUGGGGGGCUCCAACUAAAACUGUUGAAGAUCCAUUUUCAGCACCAAAAACGGAUGAAGAUUCAUUUGCUGCUCCGAAGAAUGGAGAAGAUCCUUUCGCAGCACCAAAAGAUGAUCCUGAUCCAUUUAGUGCAUUAAAAGAUGACCCGUUCAACGCACCGAAAGAUAGUUCAGACCCCUUCAAUGCACCCAAAGACAAGAAAGAUCCAUUUUCUGCUCCAAAAGAUAAACCAGAUCCCUUCAGUUCAUCUAACAAUGAUCCAUUCAACGCCCCAAAAGAUGAUCCAUUCAACUCCCCAAUAGAUGAUCCAUUCAACGCCCUAAAAGACGAUCCAUUCAACUCCCCUAAAGAUGAUCCAUUCAACGCCCCAAAAGAUGAUCCAUUCAAUGCCCCAAAAGAGGAUCCAUUCAACACCCCAAAGGAUGAUCCAUUUAAUGCUCCAAAGGAUGAUCCAUUUAAUGCUCUAAAGGAUGAUCCUUUUAAUGCCCCAAAAGAUGACCCAUUCAGUACCCCAAAAGAUGAUCCCUUCACUGCACCAGCAUCAACACCCCCUAAAGAAGACCCAUUUGCAGCACCACCAUCAUCUAAAGACGACCCCUUCACUUCUACAACACCACCUAAAGAAGAUCCUUUCUCUGCACCAACUAAACCUACCCAAGGCGAUCCUUUUGGCGCACCAACCACACCACCCAAAGAGGAUCCUUUCUCUGCACCAUCCAAACCUACAAAAGACGACCCUUUCGCUGCACCACCAACAACACCCCCUAAAGAAGACCCAUUCACAGUGCCAUCCAGUCCACCAAAAGAUGACCCCUCAGAUCCCUUCAAUGCACCUCUGCUGAGCUCGCCUGAAGGCAGUGCAGAUGCGUGGGGAGCCCCCGCUAGCUCUCCACCUGGCAGCGGGUCAGAUCCUUGGGGGGCGCCAUCCACUCCGAAGGAAACAAAGGGCGGAGAUCCCUGGGGGGACGGGACAAGCGCCACAUCACCCAUUGAUCAUUCUGAUGCAUUUGGAGAUGCAUCCAAACUGGACAAUGACCCAUGGGGAGCCCCAGCUGCAGCUCCAGGCAGCACAGAUGAUGCGUGGGGUUCUCCUGCUCCGCCCUCAGACUCCUCCCCAUCUAGUGACCCCUUUGGAGACGGAGCGUCUAAAAAAGGUGAUCCAUGGGGUGCACCGAGCAACGCCUCUAGCAACGGGACAGGAAUGCUAUCAUCAGCGCAGGUGGAGAAUAGAAAGACUGCUUCGUUUCUGGGCUCUGCGGGGGCGUCGCUUGUCGACUUGGACGAUCUAUUUUCUUCAAACCCCAAACCCAAGCAGCGCCCCCUCGUCAACACGCUCGUCGCCCAGACACAAGCCAUCGGCGCUUUCAAAGCCAGGGGCCUGACCUCUGGCCGUGUGGUCAGAUCAGGAGGUGUUGCUGGUGUGUCCCUUCCUGAAACAUCAAACCCAUACUGCAGUCCUUUUGGUUCCACCCUAGCCCCCUCCUUUGGUGCAUCUCCUUCAGCUUUUGGAGCUGCUCAUCCUCCCAGUGAAACUCCCUUAUUUCAGCUACCGUCCCAUAACGCGGGGGUAUCUCAUUCCGGUUUAAAUAAUAUGCUUCAGGCAGCUCAGGUGGCUCCUCCGGGUUCAGGAACCGGAAUGGUACAAUCCGUUUCUGUGGGAGGGUGUCUACAAAUGAACCCCUCUUUUGGAGGAACGGUGCAGUCUGGAUCUCUGGUGGGGAAUCCCUUGGCAAACCCCCUCCUAUUGGGAACAGGAGUGGGUCAGUCCAGGUUCUUUGGAGGGAAUUGCCCAGCAGGAGCGGCUCACUUGGGAGGAUCUACUCCACAGGCCGAGGGGGGAGUCCCCUUCCAGCCACGGUUGCUCUCAAGCAACGGGCUGGGUGAGACGGCGAACAAAAACAACAAUCCAUUCCUGUUCUGACAUGAUUGAUAUGUAAUCUUUUCCUGCCAGACACAUGUAUUAUGUUGAAUGACCACACUGGGUAGUUUUACAUAUAUGUGUUGCAACCAUUCUCCAAAAUAUAGCCAGAGGAUAUUAGAUUGCUUUCCUACAGUAUGUAUCUUCCAGGCCGCCACUGAAUUUUCCAUCAUAAUUUAACCUUACAAUAUAAUACAAUGGUAUUUCAAACUCGUAUUGCAAGACUUAAAACUUAAAAUGAAUGAAAAAGAUUAUGUGAAUUUUCUUGCAUUCAAAUGUUGCUUUUCAGUCAUAUUUCAUUACAUUUUCGGUCACAUGUCAAAGCGUUCUCGAGCAAGACACUUAACCCCAAAUUUCUCCUGAAGGCUGAGCCGUCGGUGUGUGAGUGAGUUUUUUUAUUUAGAUCAGAUCCUGAUGGGCAGGUCGGCUCCUCGCAUGGCAGCCUCUGCCAUAAGUGUAUGAACGUGUGUGUGAACGGGUGAAUGCUGACAUGUAGUGUAAAGCGCUUUGAGUGGUCGGAAGACUAGAAAGGCGCUAUAUAAAUGCAAGUCCAUUUACCAUAGAUGUCAGAAUAUAUCCUUGAAUGCACCAAGAAAGAAGAGUUUCCAAAAACUUGGAGAAGCCAAAGACAAAAUUCCACUGAGGUGGGCAAUAAAGUCAAUCUAACUAUCUUAUUAUCUAACUCUUAAUGGGAAAUUCACUUGUGAGAGUCCCUGCUCUUAACUGAGCUAAUAAUAGCAUUACUUUGAUGGGUAGACUGAAAUCACAGGGCGGCCUGGAAGGUAGGAAACAGCAUAAACCUUUUCUGGUAUAAAAUGAGCAGUAGUUACACGUACACGACGUGUCCGGUGAAAACAUGCAAAACUACAUGUAUGAUCCUUUUGAUUAAACCCGUCGGCUCCUCCUCAGCUUACACUCUCCUCCCUCCCCCUGAGAUCUAUACACAUGCCCAACUAAUAUGACAGCCAUGGUUUCAAUGUAUGCAGCAUAACAGAAAUACACUCAAAAUAUGUGUGAAAUGUACUUUGAAUCAAGUGUGAGAAGCAGAGAGAGCACAUCAAGUGUGAGUGUCGAUGUGGAAAUACUGAAGAAUUACUGUGGAUGUGAGUGUUGACCUGUAAAACAUUGACAGAGCUGAUGUGGGACGGAUGUCACUGUAUGUUUUCGUUGAGUGUGUAUGUGUUUGUACAAGGUGGAGCGUGUGUAUGUAUGUGUAACCUGCAUGCAUGCAGUGUGUGUGUGUGCGGUAUAUAUUGUGCUAAUGUAAAUACUGGAAGUAAUCACAGAUAAACCUUGAAAUAUUCUGUAUAUUAGA